UGUGUGUGUGUGUGUGUGCGUUGGUGAGGUGGAAGCGGAAUCGCGGUGAGCCGAUUCGUGCCUGAAUCAACGCCUGAAUAUACAGCAAGCAGCAUGGCGGAAUACAGCCGCAAGGUUCGCUCGAAGAAGGAAAAAUCAGGCGAGACGAUCGCGUACAGCGAAGCUGCCAUGCGGCACAACGGCGCCGUGCUCGAGUACUGCCGCACAUCGCUCGCCGCAUUGUCGGGUUGCACGGCAGGCAUUUUGGGUCUGACGGGCCUCUGGGGUUUCCUCUUCUACUUCGCCACUGCGCUGGCGCUGUGGCUCAUGCUGGUGCUCCGCACAAUGAACACCUGGCAUCGUUUCCUGCGCAGCCGUACUACAUUCCUCACGACAGGGCUGUUCGGUGGCCUCUUCACCUAUGUUCUCUUCUGGACUUUCUUCUACGGCAUCGUCCACGUCUACUAACGAGUCUGUGCGGCCACCGGGAAUGAAAAGUGCUGCUCUUUCCAAAGUCGUGGAUAUCUGGCUCGACAGCAACUGCCUUCCCCUUAGCUUGUCUGGCGUGCUGGAUGAGCAUUUAGUUGCACAGCAGGCGCUGUGGUGAUGCAUCUAGGAGGCACUGGCGGGACGCUUUCACCACAUGUUGAAUGCACGGGUUGACGCUGCAGCGGCAAGCUACACACUAUGUGAACCGUGUAAACGACCAAUGCGCGAUCAUGCUAGCUCAUUUGUUGAGCUGGCGUUGCGUGCUGCCCCCACUUCACGAGGCGGAGUGAGAAAGCUACAAACGGUCCUUUGAAGCGCCACUUCCCAACAGCUACCAGUUUUAUUGUCAUUUUUCUUCAAACAUAAAGUCUGUUUACAUGUGCUGCACCUUUAUCAACAUGUUAGUGUUGCAGUAUUGCACGUGUGCGCUUUACCGAGAUUGUUUGUUCUUGGUGUUGCUUAGCUGGUGUUUGUUUAUACACAUUGCCCGGUGGAUUGCAUUAAAGAUGUUCGGCUUGUA